AUGCGCUCAGCACACGCUGUGUCGCAGCGCGAUAUGAACGGAAGUACUAUGUCGGCAGCGGACGAUCAACAAUCAGUUAUAAAAGAAGCAGAAACAUCCGCUGGAGCCACAGCAGGACAAACAGCGAUUAGGACAGCGGGAACAGUAGCACGAAAAUCAACGGGAGCAGUGGAUUCCAGAAUGGUUCGCUCAGAAAGUGCGUUUGCAGCUGUAAGCUCUGACCCAGUGGCAGUAACAGCGACCGGUGGCUUUCGGUUUGUGGAAAACGGAGGACGACCAAUCGACAGAUCACGACCGUUGAGGUUUCCUGACGCUGUUCGUCUUCAUGAUAGCCUCAGUGCUCACAAUGUGCGUUCCUAA